AUGCUAUCGACAAACUAUAAUCUUCCACCUUUGCGCACUACCCAUCAAGCAAAAGCAUCGAAGCAAAAUUAUGCGAUGCCAAACGUUUUGACCUCAACUAAUCCUAUCAAAUAUCUACAACAGAAUUCAUUCAAUGAACAUUCUACGCCAAAUUACAUAACUACUGCUGCUCCACCAGCCAUAUUCGCAUCAACAUACCAUCCUCAACAAGUACCUUUCUUAUUCACAUCACCAAUUCAUCAACAUCAACAACCAACUCAACUUUCAAAUAUCAACUAUGCUGGUCCCAUCAACCUACCGUCCCCUUUAACUAGUGAUCAAUUAAGGAUGAUUCCACGUCCAAGAACCCACUCCUUAGGUACCGCUUCUUCUGCUUCUGCUUCGAUUGACCCACAACGGAAUAGUCUCCCUGCUCUCAUCAAUUCAUCCGAAAUGAUGAAUCUAAGUAACUUAACUCACCCUGUUCAACAACAACAACAACCUACUCAAAAGACGACAAAAAAUGGUACCAAAUCCAUCACGAGAAAACCCAUAAGCACUGCAAAGAGAGCAGCCCAAAAUAGAAACGCUCAAAAGGCAUUCAGACAACGUAAGGAAAGAUACAUAAAGAUCCUAGAACUAAAAUCAAUAAAAUACGAUGAAUUGGUAAGAGAAAAUACAUGUCUUAGAGAGCAAAUGGACGCCCUAAGGAAUCAAUUGCAAAAUAUAAGAAACUAG